CGCCGUGUCGAGCUGUACUCCGAGCGCGCUUCUGCUUCCCCAGUCCUCCCAAGCAGGGAUCGUGCGCCUGAUCGGAGCUACCGCGCAAAAACAGUAGCGAAAAACAACGAAAUAUAACAAUAAUAUACGCACCCUUUUUGUUUUUGGGGGGGGAACGAAGAGCCAGAUUAUCCGGACAAUAUGAAUCCCAGCUGUGGCAGGUGCGGAAAGAUCGUCUACCCAACGGAGAAAGUGAACUGCCUGGACAAGUUCUGGCACAAAGCAUGCUUCCACUGCGAGGUGUGUCACAUGACUCUCAACAUGAAGAACUACAAAGGCUAUGAGAAGAAGCCCUACUGCAAUGCACACUACCCCAAGACCUCCUUCACCACAGUGGCCGACACUCCAGAGAACCUGCGACUGAAACAGCAGAGUGAGAUGCAGAGCCAGGUGCGCUACAAGGAGGAGUUUGAGAAGAACAAGGGGAAGGGCUUCAGCGUGGUGUCAGACACUCCAGAGCUGCAGAGAAUCAGGAAGACCCAGGACCAGAUCAGCAACAUCAAGUACCACGAGGACUUUGAGAAGAGCCGGAUGGGCGGGCCACUGGAGGGGGGGGAGGAGAGAAGAAACUCGGAGGACGGCACUGUCUUUAGGAGACCCCAGGAACCGCAUCCCGGGGGUCCCACAGCUUCGAAGUGGGUCGGUCGACCACGCCCACGUGCGGGUGGGCCCACUCCUGCCCCUGCCCCGGCUCCUGCUCGUGCGGCAGCGCCCUCCAGUGGGGUGCGCUAUCGCGCGGUCUAUGACUACAGCGCAGCGGAUGAAGAUGAGAUCUCGUUCCUGGACGGUGAUGUCAUCCUGAACGUGCAGGUGAUCGAUGAUGGCUGGAUGUACGGCACAGUGGAGCGCACCGGAGACACAGGCAUGCUGCCUGCCAACUAUGUGGAGACCAUGUGACCUGGGACCAUGUGACCUUGGAGGGGGGAGGGGGCGACCAUGUGAUCUGGGAGAGG